AUGAGGCCUGUCGCGCUGGCAGCACUGCUGCUGUGUGCUUUUGCCUCGCUUGCCGCCGCCUGGUCCAAGGAAGACCACGAGAUCUUCCGCCUCCGCGACGAGGUCGCCGCCAGCGAGGGCCCCGACGCCUCCUUCUACUCGUUCGUCGGCGUCGGCCCCUCGGCGUCGCAGGACGAGAUCAACAAGGCGUACCGCAAGAAGUCCCGCCAGAUCCAUCCCGACAAGGCCCGCCAGGCCUACCUCUCGGCCUAUGCGAAGAAGGACAGGUCCGCUGGCAAGAGCAAGUCGGCCCGGCAGCCCUCCGCAAAGGAGCUGCGCCAGUUUGACAAGGACGCCUCCGCCCGCUUCGCCCGCCUCGGUGUCGUCGCCAACAUCCUGCGCGGUCCCGAGCGCGAGCGUUACGACCACUUCCUCAAGAAUGGCUUCCCUGCCUGGCGCGGCACCGGUUACUACUACUCGCGCUACCGCCCGGGCCUCGGCUCCGUGCUCUUCGGUCUCUUCGCUAUGAUGGGAGGCGCCGCUCACUACGGCGCCUUGUACCUUGGCUGGAAGCGUCAGCGCGACUUCGUCGACCGCUACAUCAGGCAUGCGAGGCGCGCCGCCUGGGGCGACGAGCUGGGCAUCCAGGGCAUCCCCGGCGGCCUCGAUGGAGACAGCGGCACUGCCACGCCCGUCGAGCAGCCUGCCCAGCAGGAACAGCAAUACGUCGAUGAGAAUGGCCAGCCCGUCUCCCUGAACCGUCGCCAGAAGCGCAUGCAGGAAAAGGAAGCUCGCAAGGAAGGGAAAGGCCCCAAGAGCGCAAAAGCCGCCAAGAAGGCCCGCAACUCUGGCGUCAGCACCCCGGUCGAGGCCGAGCUUACCAGUGGCGGUCCGCGGGGUCCAAAGAAACGCGUCCAGGCCGAAAACGGCAAGGUUCUUAUCGUGGACAGUGCCGGCAAUGUUUUCCUAGAGGAGGAAACUGAGGACGGCGACGUCCACGAAUUUCUGCUCGAUGUCGAGGAGAUUCCAAAGCCGACUUUCUUCGAUACCGCCGUUGUGCGCCUGCCCGUGUGGUUCUACAAAAAAUCUGUCGGUCGUCUCUUUGGAAAGUCUUCUUCGGAUGUUGCUUUGGAAGCAGCUGCCGACGAAGUGGAGAUCGACGUCGACGGAGACGAGAAGAGUGCAUUGAAUGGCGACGCAGAUGCAAAGGAGAUCAACAACACUCUGAAGAGUGCCACGGCGAUCAACGCCAAUGCCGAGAGCAGGAAGAGGAAAGUCCGCAGAGCCAAAUGA